AUUUUUGUGUGUCAGGAAGAACCGGGCUAUAGCCCUGUUUGUGCAUGGAAGCCACGGGCAUCAGAUGACCCAUUCCACACUUCGGUCCGGAAAAAGCUCGGGUGACAGCAGGCUGCGACAGAUCGCGCAGCCACGGCCGGACCGUGAGGCAGAGACUGAAGGGAAGAAGUUCAGUGAGGAUCCGGACUGGGAUUUGGGAAGCUCUGCCCGAUUCAACCCGACUCGGGUUACGAUGCCAGAAGGAACAGUGUCCCCUCAGCAGGCUCCGCACAGCCACCUGGAGAAGCCCCCGAGCUCGCUCAUUCUCUGUGACACCUGCGGGAAUGUGUGUAAAGGAGAGGUGCUCAGGGUCCAGAGCAAGUAUUUUCACAUCAAAUGCUUUGUUUGCAAAGCGUGCGGAUGCGACCUGGCUGAGGGAGGGUUUUUCGUCCGACAAGGGGAAUACAUCUGCUCCCGGGACUAUCAGAGGCUGUACGGCACCCGCUGCUUCAGCUGCGAGCAGUUCAUCGAGGGGGAGGUCGUCUCCGCCCUGGGGAAGACCUACCACCCUGGCUGCUUUGUGUGCGCUGUCUGUAGAUUGCCUUUUCCUCCCGGGGACCGGGUGACGUUCAACGGGAAAGUGUGUAUCUGCCAAAAGUGCGCCCUGCCGCCCCCCGCCAGCGGCAGCAGUCCUUAUCUCGUCCAGGGCCGCAGAAGCUGCGGAGGCUGCGGUUUGGAAAUCAAAAACGGGCAGUCCCUGGUGGCUUUGGAUCAGCACUGGCAUCUGGGCUGUUUCAAAUGCAAGACCUGCGGAAAACUUCUGAACGCCGAAUACAUCAGCAAAGAUGGAGUCCCGUACUGCGAAGCAGACUACCAUGCCAAAUUUGGGAUCCAGUGCGACAGAUGUGAGAAAUACAUCACAGGCAGAGUCCUGGAGGCAGGUGAAAAACAUUAUCAUCCUUCCUGUGCACUAUGUAUCAGGUGCAAUCAGAUGUUUGCCGAAGGAGAAGAAAUGUAUCUUCAAGGUUCUGCCAUUUGGCAUCCAGCUUGUAGACAAGCAGCCAAAUCGGAAGAAAAAAAUAAGAUGCAGUACCCAACUUUCCAAAAGGUGUUUCCAGUCAACACCAAACAUACAAUGAAGGAAACUAGAACAUCUUCGGAGAGUAUUAUUUCCGUGCCUGCUUCUAGCACCUCAGGUUCUCCAAGCCGGGUGAUUUACGCAAAGCUUGGCGAUGAGAUUCUUGACUACAGGGACUUAGCCGCUCUCCCCAAAAAUAAGGCCAUCUAUAACAUCGACCGCCCAGAUAUGAUCUCUUAUUCUCCAUAUAUCUGUUACUCUUCAGAUGACAGACAGAGUUGUGGAGAGGGCGACCAAGACGAGAGAUCUUACAAACAAUAUCGGACUUCGAGCCCUAGCUCUGCCGGCUCAGUAAGUUAUGGCCGCUCAACUCCCACGUCCCGUUCUCCUCAGCAUUACAGCAGACCAGCUGCUAUUCAGAGUCUUUGUACCAAUAACUGCAACUCACUGUCCCAACACCCAAGCCCCACAUCAAUAUUCAGACAUCACUACAUCCCCUUCUUCAAAGGCAGCGAAAGCGGUCGGAGCACCCCAAGCUUAUCCAUGUACUCAGAGAGCAAAUCUUCACCUUCCAGCUACCAGCAGGCUCCGCGUCACUUCCAUGUCCCAGAGUCUGGAGUAAAAGAUAACAUCUAUAGAAAACCCCCUAUCUACAGACAGCAUGGUCGAGUAGCCCAGUCCAAAAUUUCCCAAGUUUCUGACCUGGUUUCAGUCCUGUCCUUGGUGGUCCAGGACUCAGUGUACGUGAAAAAAAUAAAGUCUCCCGAGCUGAAGUCCGCAGUGACGAGGAGAUCGGACGGAGAGGACGGAAGUUUCGAUCAGGACAACAGGAAGAGGGCUGACUGGAUGACCCUGAAAGGAUCCCCUGCCACCGGCACCAGCUCCCCGGAACUGGACGUACAAUCCCAGAGCAGCGCGCUGGAUGGAGAAUCGCUCCAGAGGCCGCCCGCUGACAGCCCCCACUCACGACUCCACUCUUCCAAAUCUUCUUCCCUUCCUGGAUACGGAAAGAAUGGAUUCAACCGGAAUGCAAACGUGACUCCAUACGAACAGGAAGCGGAUGCCAGUUGGGGCAUGAGAGAAUACAAGGUCUAUCCUUACGAGAUGCUCAUUGUGACGAACCGAAUUCGAGUGAAAUUACCCAAGGAUGUGGACAGGACCCGGUUGGAGAGACACUUGUCCCCUGAAGAGUUCCGGGACGUGUUUGGGAUGACCGCCGAAGAAUUUGAUCGCCUGGCUCUGUGGAAAAGGAACGAACUGAAGAAAAAGGCCCUGCUUUUCUAACCUCUCACAGACAGAAAAGCGUCACGCAAAACGAAAACCGUCUUGCCCGAAUUCCCAUCUAUCCUUGCUGUUGAACCAUUGUCUGACUUCAUUGUGUUGGUAGAGGGAGACGUACCUAGAGGAGGAAGAUCUCAGCUCCCGGAUUGAGAGUCAUCUAGGGACAAGGGCUGGGACUCCAUUCUAGAAAGUUUUAGGGGUUCUAGUCCUGACUCUCCCCUUAGCCUGCGGGGUGACUUUGGACAGGCCCCUUGACCUCUCUAGGCCUCACCCUCCUCAUCUCUAAAAUGGGGAUGGACGGUAUCUGCCUCUCUCUAUCACCCAGGAAUGACGAGCAGAUAAAUCGAGGUCCUUGCUACGGACGCGCUCUGGAAAAACAUCCAGGCGCUCCAUAACCGACCAAGUUCUUAUUAUUAGUACUAAACGGAGUGGCCAGCUGUUUCUGUUGAUAAUCUUUUUCCUAGCCGUGGAUGCAGUGAAGCUAACUAUAAAUCUCCGGGGAUCUUAGGGUCUCGCCUGUUGAAAGAAGGCGCCUUAAAAGGAAAGGAAGAGCCUUAAAUUGGAGGAGGUUUUGUAGCAAUAACAACUGGAGUGAAGGAGGCGAUGAAGUGAAGGGGUAAGUAGUGAGGGUGUGACCACGCCACAGGGGAUAAUCCUUUGUCCCAGAGAGCUGGAGGUCAAAGAGAAGCAAGUCCCAGCAGCCUUUUUUUUUCAUCUGGUUCUAGCAAGGGUCGAAAACUAAGGUAACGGAGCACCUUAAAUCCACCGCUGGAUUUUAGCCGCAUGCUGUUGCCUAAAGAUCUCACACGCCGAGAGGGUCACUUUAAUUAUGCUACAAGAGGUUUUAUUUUAGUAAAAAAUACACGUCCACGUUACGAUUGCAGUGUACUAAGGCAUAGGAAGGUAUCCGUAGAGAAUUUCGUGAUAAUGUCCCUUUCGUUAGGGCUUUCCGAAGCCUUACAGGACGCUGUUUCACAACUGCAAAGCGCUAGCGAUUGGAGUGGGUUUUUUUUUUUCUCCUUUUUGGUUUCUUUUACAUCGCACACAGCAAGCAUUCACUCCAUUCAAACAUAAGACAGUGCUGUUUGUAAAUACGUGUUAGAAGAUCAAUAGCUCCACUAUUCUCUCCACUUUCUGGCUUUAUCUUUCAAGCGGUGAAAAGAGAACUCAAUUUUCUAGGGCCGAGGCUCUGGGGGAGAAGGGUUCGGCGGGAAAAAGAAUAAAAUCCUAGCUCUGUGUGGUUGAGCAGCGAUUUGUCAACAGGUGAAAGCCCCCACCUCGGAGAGCGCGUCUGCAUGUUCUUUUAAAACCCAGACGCUUGUGAAGCGAAGGGACAAAAUCGAAUCGAGCUUAAGCUCCACCUUCAAAUAAUAAGACACAAUUCAACAGGGUUUUGGGUCUGGAUUUUGGAUUCUUCCGUCUCUUCCAGCGGAAAGAAAGAAUCCCGCCGUCGCUCCUCCUGCUUGGAUCGUGAUGGCUCUCCGACUGGGCUAAUCGAUCCGUCGCAUUUAUUGAGCGCUUCCUGUGUGCGGAGCACUGAACCAGACGCUUGGGAGAGCACAACGCAGAGUUGGUAGACAAAUUCCCUGCCCACAAAGAGGUGUUAAAUCAGAGGUGAAGGGGAUAGAUUGAUGGUGAUUCUAAAAAAAAACGAAUGUCUUACCGGAAGUACAUCAGACGUUUGGGGUUUCGGGGUAUCUGCAUUUUUAUUUUUAGUGUCUUGAAUGUUUGUACUCCUAUUCCACUCUAUAUCCUUUUGCAGUUCCUUAAAUAAACUGGUUAGUCUGACACUGUCGCGAGACUGGAGCUACUGUAGCUUUAAACAUAUGCCUCUUUUCCAUCAGCAUCGAGAAUCCGAGCAUUUGAAAAUAAAUACUUUCCACUGGCUCA